AUGAGUUUAGUUGAGUUAAGAAUAAUACUGCCAACAUGCGACCUGAUCGACAAAUAUUUUCAUAUCAAAGAAAAAGAUACACCAAAUUUCGUUGCAAAGAUUUGGCUUGAUAAUGAUUAUUGUGGUCAACAUCAAUACAAAGGUCGAACAACAAAUACAACGACAGUCGAUAUUCCAAUGAAAGUUGUUCUCUCCCAAACAAAUGACAAAAAUCUAAUCAUGCAAAAAGAUGGUCGAGGUCGAUUGUACUAUCGUAUUGCAUUGAAUUAUGCACCCUCAAGUUUACAAUUAAAUGCUGCUAAUUAUGGUUUUAAAAUCGAACGUACUUACGUAGGUGUUGAUGAUCCAUCACAUGUUCAAAAACAAGAAGAUAACACAUGGAAAUUCAAAUUAGGUGAGAAAGUUAAAGUUGUAUUAACAAUGACAACAACACAACGACGAUAUCACAUUGCAUUAGUGGAUUAUUUACCAGCUGGAUGUGAAGUAUUGAAUACUCAAUUGAAAGGGACAAUAACCGGUGAUACAGAUUCGUCUGUGACAAGAUCAAAUCGACGUAGAUAUUAUCCAAAUUGUAUUACCGGUUGGACUGAACACGAAAAUUUACGUGAUGAACGCGCUGAAGCAUUUCGAUCAUUAUUAUGGCCCGGUGUUUAUCAAUGGAGUUACAUUAUGCGUGCAACAUGUGCUGGAACAUUCACCAUGCCACCAGCAAAAGCAGAAGAAAUGUACUCACCAGAGAAUUUCGGUCGAUCGGCAACAGAAAAGGCGAUUAUUAACUAA